CUUUGCAAUUUCAUUGUAUAUUUCAGCGUGUUUUCACUCACCAGUUAUUCGCUGGGUGAUCAAACUUUCAACCACAUCGUCCACUGCUGUAUUGUGUGAGCGGGGUGAACAUGCUGUCUAGGGUGGCACUAGUUGUGCUGACCAUUUGUGUCUACCUCCUGCUGGUGGAACCCCAGAGACAGCGUACAUCUAGACCUGUGGGGAGAAGACCGACGCCAGCGCCAAAUCGCCUACUGUACGGUGACAUCAAUAGACUGAGACCUACAGGGAAAAGAAAUGGAGGCGUUUACGCAUCAAACUUGACUGUUAGCCAGCACCUACCCGCCCUACAGAGGAAACGCCACUGUUACAACUCAGUGGCCAACAGUAACAAGCUCCAGGCCUCGCUUAUUGCCGCCAUUGCUAGCCGUGAAUCAAGCGGGGGGAUCACAAUUAACAGGACCAACGGGUACGGGGACAGGGGUCGGGCCUAUGGAAUCAUUCAGUGUGACCUCAGGACGUCGGGUCUAAACUGCACCAAGUACCGCUGGGACAGCUGUGAGCACAUGCAGAUGAUGGUCAGUCAGCUGGUGGUACCCUACAUUCAGAGCGUUAGAAGGAAAUUUCCUCGGUGGACAAUUGACAGGACUUUACAGGGGGGCGUGGCCGCCUUUAACUUUGGCGUGAGUAACGUGCGCUCGUGGGAGGGUCUGGAUGACGGAAGCACGGGCAACGACUACAGCAAUGACGUCAUCGCCAGAGCCCAGUGGCUCCAUAAGAGAGGAUGGAAUUAACUCAACAUGACUCUAACUUCAAACCAGUGUUAAAACAAAAUCUUAAUCAACUACUUUGCUUAUAUUUUAUUUCUUAAUGUAACGUUAGUUGUUUUUUUUUACUUUCUCGUAUACGAAGUAUAGAGGAAGUAUUGUAAACGUGCAAACAAAAAAAAAGAAAUUUUUACAAAACUCGA